UUUUUUUCCUAUUUCAGAUGAAAGGAAUAUGAUUGGCUGUGAUAUCGGUGCUCCUCUUGUGAUUGGCUGUUCCUUGUUUCCGGGGCUCCGCUGCGCACUCACUGACGUUUCAGGUCUGCCCCGAGAUAGACUGGAGAGAAUGGCUGCCAGUGGAGAGGUAGGGAAGCUGUUACAAGUACAAAAUGGGACACCUCCAAGCACCAACUACAAUGGGGUAGAUGCUGUUCAUGCCUGUAACAUCCUUCAGCAGCUCAAAGCCUUGUAUGAUGAAGCACAGCUCACAGACAUCGUCGUAGAAGUGGACCAUGGCAAGACUUUCUCAUGUCACCGAAAUGUCCUUGCAGCCAUCAGCCCGUAUUUUAGGUCCAUGUUCACCAGUGGCCUUACAGAGAGCAGCCAGCGAGAGGUCAGAAUUGUUGGGGUGGAAUCUGAAUCCAUGCACCUCGUACUAGACUAUGCCUACACAUCCAGGGUCACGCUCUCUGAGUCCAAUGUCCAGGCCCUGUUCACUGCAGCCAGCAUUUUCCAGAUUCCUGCCCUGCAGGACCAGUGUGCCCAGUUCAUGAUCAGCAGACUUGACCCCCAGAACUGUAUUGGGGUCUACAUGUUUGCUGAUGCCUAUGGGCACCAGGAACUGAGGGAACGCUCGCAGGACUACAUCCGCAAGAAGUUCUUGUGUGUGUCAUGGGAGCAAGAGUUCCUCCAGAUGACCAAGGAGCAGCUGGUCAGCAUUUUGAACAAUGAUGACCUCAACGUGGAGAAGGAAGAGCAUGUAUACGAGAGCAUCGUCCGCUGGCUGGAGCAUGAUCUGCCUGGCCGUGAGGCCCACCUAGCUGAGGUUUUUUCCCAAUGCAUCCGUCUGCCCUUGCUGGAUGAGGCCUUCCUCAGUCGGAUACCUGCCCCCUUUGCUUGUGCCCUGUCCCUGUCUAAGGACCCUGCUGAGGCCAAAGCCCGCCUCACUGGAACCAAUGGUUGCCCACAGCGCCUGGGUAUGACUGCUUCUGAGAUGGUCAUCUGCUUUGACGCUGCUCACAAACACUCAGGGAAGAAGCAGACGGUGCCUUGCCUGGACACAGCCACAGGAAGGGUGUUCAAGCUCUGCAAACCACCCAAUGAUCUCCGGGAGGUCGGUAUCUUGGUGUCCUCAGAGAAUGAUAUCUACAUUGCUGGAGGUUACAGACCGAGCAACAGUGAGGUGUCCAUAGACCAUCGGGCGGAGGGUGACUUCUGGCAGUACGAACACGCAGGCAACCGAUGGCUUCCACGUGCACCUCUGCUGAGAGCAAGGAUAGGCUGCAGGCUUGUGCACUGCUGUGGGAAGCUUUAUGCACUGGGAGGUCGAGUAUAUGAAGGUGAUGGGCGAAAUGCAUUAAAGUCAGUAGAGUGUUAUGAUGCCAGGGACAACUGUUGGACAGCAGUCAGUCCUAUGCCAGUGGCCAUGGAGUUUCACAGUGCUGUGGAAUACAGGGACCGCAUCUAUGUCCUCCAAGGUGAAUAUUUCUUCUGCUUCGAUCCCCGUAAGGACUAUUGGAGUCAUCUUGCCCCGAUGAGUGUACCUCGGAGUCAGGGUCUCGCUGCCUUGUAUAAAAACUGCAUCUACUACAUUGCUGGUAUCUGCAGGAACCACCAGCGCACCUUCACUGUGGAGGUCUACGACAUUGAGAAGAACACAUGGAGCCGCAAGAGAGAUCUGCCCUUUGACCAAGCCACAAGCCCGUAUAUAAAGGCCAUGCUGCUGCAAGGCAAGCUACACCUGUUUGUACGAGCCACACAGGUCAUGGUGGAGGAGCAUGUGUUUCGCACCAGCCGCAAGAACUCCCUUUACCAGUAUGACGAUGAGGCAGACGUAUGGACCAAAGUCUAUGAGACACCUGACCGCCUCUGGGAUUUGGGUCGCCAUUUUGAAUGUGUGGUGGCCAAACUUUACCCACAAUGUCUACAAAAAGUGCUUUGAGGUAGCUGGUUUUGUGACCCCAAUCGAUGAGGCAGAGGGAGUAGUGUGGUCCUGCCUGCCUUGUGCCUGGUGUUACCUUGGGUUUGCACCACAAGGACCUUUUUUGGUUAAGUCUUAAGUCGUUCAAACUUUGGUUUCACGUGAUCAAAAUGGGGGUGCUUUUAAAGAUUGCAGUAUUUUUUUUCCAGACGGCACCAGCUACCCACACUGAUGCUUGUUUAACAAAACCGUACAAUGAAUCAUAAGUGCAAUUAUCCUAUUUUUUGCUUGUCUUGAGCCAUGUUGUUUUAUUUUUGUUUUAGAUACAUAUACAGGUAAGGAUUUUUACAAAUGAUAAGCAUGCGAUUGAGGGUAUUGGCAAGAUUGCCCUCUGGUGGUAUGGAUGCUACGUGUCAACAUAAAGUGAAAAUCUAUAUAUAUAAAUAACUAUAUAAACUAUAUAUUCAUACGGGUAAGAUGAGUACCUUAGCUCAUUAGUAGGUUGCUGACUCUGAGGUUUGUGUGUUUGUUUUUUUCCCUUCUCUACUCAAGUCUCUCUUCAGCUUAUUUUAUAGUUGAGUUUUAAUUUGAAGUGUGCUUGUGAUUUACAUUACCUUAGUGUUUUUGAAGCUUGUAUGAUAUUUUUAUGGCCCUCUCUUCCUUCACAUGCGUCAGUGUGUCAAACAAUACACUAUGUGUGGCUUCCGAGCUAUUUUUAAGUUUUGUUUGAGAUUCCAGUUGCAUGGGGGCUCAUACCUCCCACUCUCUGAGUUGGCAUCCAUUUUGUGUCACAUGCGAAGACAACUUGAGUGAAAUGUUUGAGUACUCGUUCUCCACAUUGGAGAAAUAAGGACGGAGUCAAAUUUGUGGCAACACUAAGUGGAAAGUUCAGACCAACUAACAGGCUUACCUCAGAAACUUCAGAUAUACUUGAUUAGGAGAAAAGGGACAUUUCAGGCCAUAGUGUUGAUUAAGCAACUGUGUGAAAAGCUCGGUUCAGCAUUGAGCUCUGUUGAGGUUGUUUUUCAACAUUGGAUUAAAAUCAUUUGAAAAAGGUUGGAAGAGCCUUCCUCUUAAAUGCCAGAAAAAGCAUUUGAGGUCUUGUUAUCGUUGAUCUGGACAUUGAAAAGAAUUUUGUGGUAGCAAUAAGUCAUGGAACUGUGAUAAGGCUAUAUUACGUUAUAUUACCUUAGUAAAAGUGCAUUUAUUGUUUUGUCUGCUUGCCUCUGCUAGUGAAAAUCACGGUAGUUCCAAUAAUGAUUGUGUGGCUGUUGCAUGGGUGCCGGCUUGAAGUGAUGCGUAGUUAAGUGCAGAUCAUUUGGGAUGCCAAUGGUGCCUGUGGCUUGAAAAGGGGCAUCAGAAUCAAAAACUGCUCCUCCUGAUGAAGAAUAUCUGAAAAGUCUUACUCAGCGUUGCACUGAAUCACUCUCCACUUCAGCAGUCCUUAACUGCAAACUUUACGAAGCACCCUCCUGAACAAGCAGACUAUAUAAACAAGUGAGGGUGGCCUGGGUUGUGCGCUAAUUCAUCUAACAGCCAUGAGUCCGUCUCUACAUGCCAUCACACAGAGGACACAAAUAGUUGGUGCUGCUUUUUUUAAAUGUUUUUUUUUUUUUUUGACAAUCUUGUAUAGAAGAAUUAAUACCACCACUGAGUGGCGUUCCCUGUGAAAGUGUGGCAUUUUCAGUGCCGUCAAUGUCCUCAUGCAGGUUCCUGUCUCAUCUUUGCACUACACAUUUCCUUUUAUCUUAACAAAGAGUGCCCCUCUAUCACGAAAAAGGUUUUAGUAACCCCACAGCAAUCAUCUAAGAGAUUUACUUGGAAAUUAAUACCAGAAGAGUCACAUUCAGUAAGGACUUGAGGAUAUAAUAUAACUUCUCCAAGAGAAGAUCCACUGUUGACUGAGCUGAUUUUUAAUUGACCCGGCUUGAACAAUGCCCUCAAAACAGCCCUCAUCAAGUGUGAGAGAAGGUUUGAGCUUCACCCACAUGUCUACAGACGGCCAUUUGAGAACCAGGAACGGAGAACUCUCAGGAUUUCUACUGAUACACAGUACUGUAUUUAAAUGUUUUUGUUAUGUGUAAUAUACUGUACUAUAGGUUUGCUGUACUUGCACAGUUUUUUAAACUUAUCUUCAGUUUCUUUUAUAACUUGAAAAAAAUAGAUGUGAUUUUUUUUUGUUGUUGUUGUCUCCAGUGGCUGUUUUUUUGUUUUCUUAUGUAAUUACCUAUUUAGUUAUGGUAGAGUAAUCCUGCUCUGUUGAGAAAAAAUGAUCACCCAUAUGAGUGAUACAUUUAGAUUUUUUUUCCCCCCCCUCUGUAGUACAGUAGUAUUUCUUUGUAACAUCUCACCGAAACUAAGCAUUACAGAUCAAGUAACUACAUUGUUACGUCACGUUUUCAAACACCAGUCAUGUAAUACAACAAGCUAAAAACUGCUUUCUAUGUUGAAGAGUUAGUGGCCUUGGGCUGCAAUACAUAGCUCAUUCUGGUAAUCUACAUGCAUCAUUUAUGGGUGCUAUUCCAUUGUGUUCAUGCAUUUUCCUCACUUAGCUGGUUUGUCGGUAUUGGGUUAUAGUGGUGGUUGAGCUCAACUGUGAAAUUCACAUUGCACAUAAUUUGAAAAUAAAACUAUUAAAGGUGAAA